AUAAAGAAGUCCAGAGCUUCUUCUCGUCCUCUAUAAACAAAUUAUGAUUUUUUCCCCCUCCACAAUCCCAAAACACAUCACCCUUUCUCUUCUCUCAACAAUGUCUGGAAGCUUAAUGAAUCUGUCACUUUCUCCCAAAAUCUUCUCCCUCACCUUGCUUCUCUUAAUCAACUCUCUUUUCUUUUCAUGUUGUUACUCCCUUAAUGAACAAGGCCAAGCUCUUUUAGCAUGGAAGAACAGUUUAAACAGUAGUUCAGAUGCAUUAGCAUCAUGGAAUUCUUCAAACCCAAGCCCAUGCAACUGGUUUGGGGUGCACUGCAACCUACAAGGCGAGGUGGUGGAGAUAAACCUGAAAUCAGUGAACUUGAAAGGUUCACUACCUUCAAAUUUUCAACCUCUCAGGUCCUUGAAGAUUCUUGUCCUCUCUUCAACCAACAUCACAGGGAGGAUUCCAAAAGAAAUAGGAGACUAUCAAGAGCUUAUUUCCAUUGAUCUCAGUGGAAAUUCUCUCUUGGGUGAAAUCCCAGAAGAAAUUUGCAGGCUAAGCAAAUUGCAAAGUUUAGCUCUCCAGACAAACUUUCUUGAAGGCAGUAUUCCAUUCAACAUAGGAAAUUUAUCAAGUCUUGUGAACUUGACACUCUAUGACAAUAAACUGAGUGGUGAAAUUCCAAAGAGUAUUGGCUCCUUAAGCAACCUUCAAGUAUUCAGAACAGGAGGGAAUGCAAACCUCGAAGGUGAGCUUCCAUGGGACAUUGGAAACUGCACCAACUUGGUCAUGUUAGGCCUUGCAGAAACCAGCAUUUCUGGGACUCUUCCUUCAUCAAUAGGGAUGCUGAGAAGAAUUCAGACAAUAGCCAUUUACACAACUCUUUUGUCAGGCUCUAUCCCAGAAGAGAUUGGGAAUUGCAGUGAGUUGCAGAACCUGUACUUGUAUCAGAACUCAAUCUCUGGUUCAAUCCCAAGUCAAAUUGGAGAGCUCAACAAGCUUCAGAGUCUACUUUUAUGGCAAAACAGCAUAGUUGGUGCAAUCCCAGAAGAGCUUGGAAGGUGCACAGAACUUCAAGUCAUGGACUUGUCCGUAAAUCUUCUCACAGGUAGCAUUCCAAAAAGUUUUGGACAGCUAUCAAAUCUCCAAGGACUUCAACUGAGUGUUAAUCAGCUUUCAGGCAUUAUACCUCAUGAAAUUUCAAACUGCACUUCUCUGACUCAACUGGAAUUUGACAACAAUGCUAUUUCUGGCGAGAUUCCUCAUCUUAUUGGCAACUUGAGAAGCUUGACUCUGUUCUAUGCCUGGAAGAACAAGCUAAAAGGAAAAAUCCCAGAUAGUCUUUCAGAGUGCAAAGAUCUUCAGGAACUUGAUCUGUCUUACAACAGUUUAAUAGGUCCAAUACCCAAACAACUAUUUGGGUUGAGGAAUCUCACUAAUCUGCUGCUUCUAUCCAAUGAUUUGUCAGGCUUUAUACCACCUGAUAUUGGUAACUGCACAAGUCUCUACAGGUUGAGGUUAAAUCACAAUAGACUUGCAGGUGCCAUUCCAUCUGACAUUUCCAACUUGAAAAAUUUGAACUUUUUGGAUUUGAGCAGCAAUCAUCUUGUAGGGGAGACUCCCGCAACACUAUCCAGAUGCCAAGAACUUGAGUUUAUGGACCUUCAUUCAAAUAGUCUCAUUGGUUCAGUACCAGAUAAUCUUCCCAAAAGCCUGCAGUUAAUAGACUUCUCAGACAACAGGCUAACAGGUGCACUGAAUCAUUCCAUUGGUUCAUUAACUGAAUUAACAAAACUCUACUUGGGAAAGAAUCAGCUCAGUGGAAGAAUCCCAGCAGAGAUCCUAUCUUGCUCUAAGCUACAACUUCUAGACUUGGGAAGCAAUAGUUUCUCUGGAGAAAUUCCCAAGGAACUUGGUCAAAUUGCUUCUCUAGAAAUCUUUCUCAAUCUUAGUUGUAACCAGUUUUCUGGUGAAAUUCCACCCCAGUUUUCUAGUCUUAGCAAACUGGGAGUGCUUGAUCUCUCCCACAACAAACUCUCAGGGAAUUUAGAUGCCCUUUCUGACCUUCAGAAUCUUGUUUCCUUAAAUGUUUCCUUCAAUGCCUUCUCUGGAGAAUUGCCUAAUACCCCAUUCUUCCGUAAACUCCCUCUCAGUGAUUUCACUGCAAAUGAUGGUCUCUACAUUGCCAGUGGUGUUGUAACUCCAGCUGACAGAAUGGGAUCCGAAGCUCACACCAGAUUAACUACAAAGAUCAUAAUUUCCAUUCUCUUAUGCAGCAGUGCAGUACUAGUAUUGCUCAUAAUUCAUGUCUUUGUUCGUGCUCAUAUUGUUAACAAAGUACUCAUGGAAAAUAACAGUUGGGUGAUGACUUUGUAUCACAAGUUUGAAUUCUCCAUUGAUGACAUUGUCUGGAAUUUGACAUCAGCCAAUGUGAUUGGCACUGGAAGCUCUGGAGUUGUGUACAAGGUAACAAUUCCAAAUGGCCAAACACUAGCAGUUAAAAAGAUGUUUUCAACAGCAGAGUCUGGAGCAUUCAAUUCUGAAAUUCAAACACUAGGUUCAAUUAGACACAAGAACAUCAUCAAGCUCCUGGGUUGGGGAUCCAAUAAGAAUUUGAAGCUGCUGUUUUAUGACUACCUCCCUAGUGGAAGCCUGAGCUCAUUAAUUCAUGGUUCAGGAAAGGGAAAAGCAGAAUGGGAGACCAGACAUGAUGUUAUAUUAGGCGUGGCUAAUGCACUUGCAUAUUUGCACCAUGAUUGUGUGCCUUCUAUAUUGCAUGGAGAUGUCAAAGCCAUGAAUGUGUUACUAGGUCCUGGCUAUCAUCCUUACCUUGCUAACUUUGGCUUGGCAAGAAUUGCAAGUGAAAAUGGUGAUAACACCAAUUCCAAGCCAGUUCAAAAACCCUAUCUUGCUGGUUCUUAUGGAUACAUGGCUCCUGAACAUGCAUCAAUGCAACAAAUAACUGAGAAGAGUGAUGUGUACAGUUUUGGGGUGGUCCUACUUGAGGUCCUAACAGGAAGGCACCCAUUAGACCCAACUCUGCCAGGGGGUGAACAAUUGGUUCAGUGGGUUAAGAACCACUUAGCUAGCAAAGGAGACCCAUCUGACAUUCUUGACCCAAAGCUGAGAGGGAGGACUGACCCUACUAUGCAUGAAAUGCUACAAACUCUAGCUGUGUCAUUUCUAUGUGUUAGAACACGAGCUGAUGAUCGUCCAACAAUGAAGGACAUUGUUGCAAUGCUCAAGGAAAUUCGACCUGUUGAGGCCUUAAGGACUGAUUCUGAUGUAUUGAAGGGAGUUUUAACUGUGCAUACUUCCUCACCACCUCCUAAGAAUGUAGUUUCAAAUGGAUCUCCUAAUUUUUCCUUUAAUUUCUCAGACGACUCAAUGUGUUGAGGAAGUAUGCAACUCAUGAUAAACCUAUGAUUCAUAUAAAUUGUGCUUAGUCAAAUGGAAUGCCAGUUAGAGCUGGCCAGAAUUAAUAGAGGUAUUUAAAUGUAAUCUCAGAUAUAGAAUUUAGAUUACAAGAAUCCAUAUAUUGGAUGCAUAAAUAAAAAGCAAUCUAAAGCCUU